UGAAGGGACGAGGGCGCAUGCGCCUUUCCCCGGAGCUGGGGUCGCGGUGGGGGGAAUGAGGCUAGGCGCCCGCUGAGUGAAUGUCGGCGCCGUUCGAAGAGCGCAGCGGGCUGGUGCCGUGCGCCACCCCCUGGGGCCGCUGGUACCAGACCAUGGAAGAGGUGUUCAUCGAGGUGGACGUGCCGCAGGGGACCCGCGCGAAGAGCGUCGAGUGUAGCCUCAAGAGCCGCCACCUCUCUCUCUCCGUGGCCGGCGAGGAAGUGCUCAAGGGUAAACUCUUUGAUUCUACAAUAGCGGAUGAAGCAACAUGGACACUAGAGGACCAGAAACUGAUACGAAUCGUCUUGACAAAAACCAACCGUGAUGCUGGAAAUUGUUGGCGUUCUUUGCUUGAGAACGAAUAUGCUGCUGAUCCUUGGGUCCAGGACCAGAUGCAGAGGAAGCUCACGCUAGAAAGGUUCCAAAGAGAGAACCCUGGAUUUGACUUCAGUGGAGCAGAAAUUUCUGGAAACUACAGCAAAGGAGGGCCAGAUUUCUCUAGUCUUGGAAGAUAGCUGUCUGUUCCCCCCCCCCCAAAUGUAUUCCCUUGAACUCAAGCGAAAAUGUUAAUGAAAUAUAAAUUGGCCAAAGAACUCACUUGUGAGAACUAGGCUUAAAAAUAGUUCACUGCUUUUUCUGGAUAGCUUUUAGAUCACUGAUCGACGAUAAGCUUUUAUUUAAAUUGUGCUAACAUGGUAAUGCUAUGGCAUAUACAUAAUUCACAAGUCAGUACUAUAUGUAUAUCAACAAUAAAAAACGUAUAAUAAUGCUAUUAUUGUUUUUUUUAAAAAAAACAAACAAACCCUGCCAGCUGAAAUUGUAUGUUGAAGAACUAUAGGGUCCAUCAUUCUUUGGAAUAAGAAUACAAUACUACAACCCAUGUACUGGCUUUCAUUUUGACAGAAAACUGCCAACAUGGCUAGUUAGUAAAAUGAAUUUUGAAGUGAUCUAUGCUGUGAUAUAA